AUGAAGGCCAACUACAAGCUCUCUAAUGUCCUUGGGACUGUUUACCGGCAGGGAAAUAUCGUUUUCACGCCAGAUGGGAAUUCGGUGCUGAGUCCGGUCGGGAAUCGCGUUUCGGUGUUUGACCUCGUGAACAACAAGUCAUUCACGUUUCCAUUCGAGAACCGCAAGAAUAUUGCCGCCAUUGCCCUUAGCCCUGACUCGAAUGUCCUCAUAUCCAUUGACGAAGAUGGACGAGCUUUGCUGGUGAACUACCGAAGGAGGGUAGUCCUUCAUCACUUCAAUUUCCACAGACCAGUCAAAGCCGUGAAGUUCUCACCGGAUGGAAAAUAUAUUGCCGUUACCCAUGAUUCGCACGUGCAAGUGUGGCGGACGCCCAACCACCUUGUGCGAGAGUUUGCACCCUUUGUGCUGCACAGGACAUACACGGGCCAUCACGACGAAGUCCUGAGCAUCGAAUGGUCUCCCGACUCAAAGUACAUGUGUUUCAUUACUACAUCCCGCGAUAUGACGGCGCGGCUAUUCACUCUGGACCCACUUGAAGGGUUCAGACCCAAAACGUUCGCUGGCCACCGAGACGCCAUCGUGGCUGCAUACUUCUCGUCCGACGGUGAUCAUAUAUACACCGUCAGUCGAGACGGUGCUGUGUUCACGUGGAAGGCCAAGACGCCCGAAGACAUGGGGGACAGCGACGACGAGCAGCCGGGCGAGUCCUCUAAAUCCACGCUAGACGCUAACAAGAUCGCCAACACCCGGUGGGGCGUCUCCAAGCGGCACUACUUCAAUCAGGCGCACACUAAAGUCGUCUGCGCCACCUUCCACGCGCCCUCCUCGAUGCUCGUCGUCGGCUUCUCGACGGGCGUCUUUGGCCUCUGGGAGCUGCCCGCCUUUACCAACAUCCACACCCUGUCGAUCUCGAACGAGAAGAUCUCCUCCGUCGCGAUCAACCCCUCGGGCGAGUGGCUCGCGUUCGGCGCAAAGAAGCUCGGACAGCUGCUCGUGUGGGAGUGGCAGAGCGAGAGCUACGUGCUCAAGCAGCAGGGCCACUUCUUCGACAUGAACGCGCUCGCGUACUCGGGCGACGGCCAGCACAUCGCGACGGGCGGCGACGACGGGAAGGUCAAGGUGUGGAACACGACGAGCGGGUUCUGCUUUGUCACGUUCGCCGAGCACUCGGCCGCGGUGAGCGCGGUCGAGUUCGCGCGCGGCGGGCAGCAGGUGCUCUACUCGGCGUCGCUCGACGGGACCGUGCGCGCGUUCGACCUCGUGCGCUACCGCAACUUCCGCGUGUUCACGUCGCCGCAACCCGUGCAGUUCUCGUGCCUGGCGGUCGACCCGAGCGGCGAGGUCGUCGCGGCGGGCUCGACGGACUCGUUCGAGGUCUUCCUGUGGUCCGUGCAGACGGGGAAGCUGCUCGACGUGCUGGCGGGGCACGAGGGCCCGGUGAGCUCGCUCGCGUUCGAGCCUGGCGGGGGUAAUGUUCUCGCGAGCGGGAGCUGGGACAAGAGCAUACGCCUGUGGAAUGUCUUUGCGCGGUCGAGGAACGUGGAGCCGUUCCAGCUAAACUCUGACGUGCUGUCUGUCGCGUUCCGGCCCGACGGGAAGGAGCUCGCGGCGGCGACGCUUGAUGGGCAGAUCACGUUCUUCGACGUCGCGCAGGGCAAGCAGACGACGAUCAUCGAAGGCAGGAAGGACAUCUCAGGGGGUCGGAAGGCGGACGACCGUGUCAGCGCGGCUAAUAAUGCGUCGGGCAAGUCGUUCAAUAGCCUUGCAUACACCGCGGAUGGCAGGUGCCUGCUUGCUGGGGGCAACAGCAAGUACGUGGUGCUGUACGAUGUGCAGGAGGGUGUCAUGCUCAAGAAAUUCCAAAUUUCGGAGAACUUGUCUCUGGACGGCACGGAAGAGUUCCUGGAUAGCAGGAGAGUCAACGACGCGGGGAUCAACGUGGAUCUCAUCGAUGACAGAGGGGACGAGAGCGAUCUGCAAGACAGGCUGGAGAAUUAUAACACUCUUCCUGGCGCCCAGAGGGGAGAUCUGUCCAAACGACGGUACCGACCGGAAGCGCGCACGAAAUGCAUUCGCUUCGCACCCACUGGGCGGGCAUGGGCGGCAGCAUCCACUGAAGGCCUGCUGAUUUACUCUGUCGACGACAACGUUGCGUUCGACCCCUUCGACCUCGACAUUGAGCUCACGCCACAGUCUAUCAUCAGUGUGCUCUCCAAUAAGGAGUUCCUCAAGGCUCUCGUCAUGGCGUUUCGGUUAAACGAGAGCCCCUUGAUAUCUCGGGUAUACGAAUCCAUACCUUCGAGGGAUAUCCGGUUCAUCGCGAAAGCUCUGCCCGUCGUUUACCUGGAACGCAUGCUGCGCUUCAUCGCGGACAGGAUGGACCAGAAUAGCCCGCACUUGGAGUUUGAGUUAACAUGGGCAAGGGCGAUACUGGGUGCGCAUGGCCGAGUCCUCAGGGAUAGGAGCAUGGAAUAUGCUAGCGUUCUUCGGGGGCUGCAGAAGGGACUGGGAGAGUUUGAGACGGUGGUGGCAAAACUAUGCGACCAAAACACGUCGACUCUGCAGUAUCUCAUUGACCAAUCUCGUAUGCGGGCAAAUCAGGAACAUGUCUCUGAUAUAACCAUGACCAGCUAGUUGUUGCAAAGUGUACGAUUGCUCGUACGAGUGCUACCAUAAUCUCAAAGGGUGCUCUGUGAUACGACAGCACCAACAACGCAGCGGUAUAGUUGUAUCUGUCAUCCCAACGGUAUGCCAGUGGUCAUACGAACCCAUUAAACUUAUGUUAAUACAUCGCUUCUGUACUACGCUAUCAAUCCUUGCAGGCG